CGAUCAGACGGCCACCAAAAAAAGAAUGAAAUUUCUCCGCAGGAAAAACAAAGGGCUCGUUGAGACUUGAGAGGCGGCCUGGCAGUCCAAGCUUUCCCCUCCCCCUCCCAAAUCCCCGGGCCCGCGCCACGCCGCCGGGCCACCGCCGCCGCCCCCUCCGCGGAUCACGUGCGCGGCGGCUUUUCUCAGCUUCCUUGCGGCGAGUACAGGAGGAGGAGGAGGAGGAGGAGGCGCUGGGUCGGGGGACUGUCGCUGGAUCUCGUGGAGCCGCCGUGCGCCGAGAGUGAUCAUGAGCUCGAGAAACCUCGUCCGAUCCCCGGUGUCCUGUAGUGCAGCUAUCAACGGAUGCUUCACCUCCAAUACAUGCCGUUCAAGAAACUACUCUCAGCAUUCCCAUACCACUAAUUUGCAGAGUUUGCAAGUAGACUGGAAACUUUUGCCUCGCAAGUUAAAAAAAUCAACUCAGCGGAACACUUCAUUUUUCACCCAGAGGAAGCUUGUACCACACUGUUCAUCGGACCUUAGUACUUCCUGCAGAGAAGAGGUGCCCAACUAUUUAGCAGUCAAUGUUUUGCAAGACCAAUCAAAUACAACACAGGUAGCUGCUCGUAAAGUGCUUGUCAUCUUGAAUCCUAAUUCUGGAUUUCGAAGCUCUCGGGAUGUUUUCUACAAGAAAGUGCAAUCGAAGUUAAGGCUUUCAGGCUUCAUGAUGGAAGUUGUCGAAACAGCAUAUGCUGGCCAUGCAAAGGUUCUUGCUUCUACUGUUGACCUCAACAAAUGCCCUGAUGGUAUUGUAUGUGUUGGUGGCGAUGGAAUUGUAAAUGAGGUUUUGAAUGGUUUACUUGGCAGAGAUGAUUUUGAAGUGGCAAUUCGGCUUCCCAUUGGAAUAAUACCUGCUGGUUCUGAUAAUUCAUUGGUGUGGACUGUUCUUGGCAUCAGGGAUCCUGUUUCUGCUGCAAUUGCUUUAGCUAAGGGCGGUUUCACACCAAUAGAUGUGUUUGCUGUAAAAUGGAUCCAAGCUGGUGUUACUCAUUUUGGUCUGACAGCUUCCUACUAUGGUUUUGUAGCUGAUGUUCUGCAACUAUCUGAAAACUUCCGCCUGCAGCUUGGUCCCUUCCGUUAUGUUGCUGCUGGCCUUCUGAAGUUCCUGUCAUUACCUCAAUACAGAUUUGAGGUGGAAUAUCUGCCUUUAUCACCAGGGAGAAAUCCUGAAGUGAAACCACAGACUAAAAAAUCUCAUGAGCAGCUUUCUGAUGAUGGCAAGGUUAGGAGAGGUAUACAAGUUGAUGGUAGGAUUGAAGAUAGCUGGAUUACCAGGAGAGGGGAGUUUCUUGGCAUUUUUGUCUGCAAUCACUUUUGCAAGCCUGCAAGGGGGUUACUUUCUCCAGUUAUUGCACCAAAAGCUCAGCAUGAUGAUGGCAGUCUGGACUUGAUUCUUGUCCAUGGAAGUGGCAGACUCAAACUGUUUUGCUUCUUCAUCGCGUAUCAGCUUUGCUGGCAUCUCCUACUCCCUUAUGUGGAAUAUGUCAAGGUAAAACAAGUAAAGAUUAGGCCGGUUGGCAAUACUCACAAUGGUUGUGGUGUCGAUGGGGAGCUUCUUCGUGGAGAGGGCAAAACCGAAUGGCAGUGCUCGCUGCUUCCAGCACAAGGCCGGUUGCUCGGCCGGCAUCCCGAUGCUUUGGAGUAGCUACUAUCUAACCCCUGGGCAGUCAUUCUGUUGUGUUGAGCAGUACUGUGAUUUUUUCCGAUUAAUGAAAAAUGAUGGCAUUUAUAUUCCACUACUGUUUCCAACCAUGUAUGUGAGUUUGUAAAUAAGGACCACACAACCUUAGUGCACAAAAGGGUGGCAUAUGCUAGUCGUGGUAGUCCUGCGGGGACACUCAGUCUGGACUCCACAUUCUACCAUGUUGUGAAACCUAGCAGGUGCGGAGUUGGGACU